AUGAAGAUCCCCUACCUUGCUCUCCUCCCCAUCGUGCUAGCUUGCGUCGGCCUCGUCGAGUCGGGGCAGGUUACCCUUGGAAAUAAACCCAAGAACAGUGCCAGGGCAAGAAGCGACAAUCUAGGUUUCGGGGCCGUGACAGUGAUCCUGCAAAACGGCUGGAUCUCGAUCUGCGCGCCCGUCUCCGACUGGUCCCUCUACAACCAUUACGUCCCGGUGCAGCUGGUGCGCAACGGAGGUCAUUCGCAGUACAGCCUUGUGCCCCAGAGCCGCUGCGGCACGGGCAAGGGCCAACUGGUCAACUGCUCGAACACGUUCAUGAACGAUCAGGGCAAGUGCUACAGCCUGUACGAUCUCGACUGCAACCAGGUCGACUUUGACGCGGUGCUUUCCCUUCUCAGCCAGGUCAAAGGUGACGGGGCCGUAUACGGCCUGCACCUCCACCCGCACCCCUCAUCUUCCAGCCCCCGAUCCUCCGACGCCUCUGCACCACCACCCGCCAACGACAUCAUGUGCGGCCGAUUCGCAAACGCACAGCCCCUGCCCGAGUACGCCCGCUCGGUGCGCGAGCAGCUGCCUCCCUCGCAUCCACCCGAGCCUACCCCGGACAUUGACGACUACCGGCCAUCCUACAACGUCGCACCCCAGACACGCGCUCCCGUCAUCCGGCGCCAGCUCGCCUCGGAGCGCACCACCGCCGACAGCGCCGACAAGGCCGAGCGCCUGCUCCUUCAGCCCAUGAAGUGGGGCCUCAUCCGCUCCCACAACCGCCACCCGCCCCCAUCAUCCUUCGGCGCCAUCAAGACGAUCAACGCACGCGACGACACCAUCCUCUCGUCGUCACAGGGCGCGAGCAUGUGGCAUCCGCUCCUGCCCGCACAGCGCUGCGUCGUCUUCUGCCAGGGCUUCUACGAGUGGCAGAAGAAACCCCUCGCCGGCCGAGACACAGCGGCCGCGGCUGGGCACGAGGAAAAGGUCGAGAGGAUCCCGCACUUUGUCGGCAUGGCCGACCCGGGCCACGGGCGCACCGGCAAGGACGGCGUCGAGCGCAAACUCAUGCCCCUUGCCGGGCUGUGGGACAAGGUCGUCUUCCAGGGCCACGAGGAUCGCCCACCGCUCUAUACCUUCACCAUCAUCACGACCAGCGUCAAUGACCAGCUCGACUUCCUCCACGACCGCAUGCCCGUCAUCCUGCCCGACGCCCACAGCAUCGCCACCUGGCUCGGCCUCGGACAGGGCGACAAGGAGGAUACCUGGACGCCCGAAGUGGCCCGGCUUCUCCGACCGCUCAAGAAGCCCCUCGAGUGCUACAAGGUGCCCCGCGAGGUCGGCAGGGUGGGCAACGACGACCCCGGAUUCAUCCUGCCCAUCGAGUCGAGACGCGACGGGCUCAAGGCGUUCUUCAGCAAGCAGCAGCAGGCCAAGCAGGGGCCAGCAAAGAGCGGACACGACGACCGUGCUCCUGACGACGCCGUCAAGAAGGAAGAGAAGGACGACAGAGAUGAAGCAUCUACGUCGUCUUUCGAGCGCGCCGCUGUAGAGGUGACGCAGGAGGUCGAGGAGGACGCGCAGAUGGCGGAUGCAGCGGCGCAGGCCGAGCAGGAGAUUCGGGAUCGCGAGUUGGCCGAGGAGCUGCAGCGGCAGUGGCAAGAGGACGACGCCAAGGGCGCCGCGUCGACCUCGUCGCAGCCAUCCGCAAUCGACCGCGGCAUCGGAGGGGGCGAUGCGACGAGGGAAGACGAGAUCGAAGCUAAAGAGGUCGGAGAUGGCUUCGCAGUGCCGCGGCCCGAGACGACUGGGAAACGUCGACGUCGAUCCUCUUCCGACUCGGUCGGGGCCGAGGCAUCCUCACCGUCGCCGACACCACUACCACCGCCGGAAGCAUCAGCAGCGGCAGCAGCAGCAGCGACGACACCCGAUCAAGACGCCUGCGACCACGAUGCGACGAUCAAGAAAGAAGAAGGGAGCUGCGAGGGCGAAGGCGGGGGAUCGAGCCGAUUCUCACCGGACCCCUUCGACCCACCCGCCUCUCCACCGCGUCCAUUGGGGGGCUACAGCCGCGAGGGCACCACCUCGGCCAGCGCGACCCCGCGCAAACGCACCAAGUUCACCACGCGCAUCCUUUCGCCGCCCCGCAAACCCAACGAACCGGGCCCCCUAGACCAACUCAUCGAGCGGCAACGGCGGAAUUCUGCCGCUGCCCCCCAUCCCCCUCGCCCUCCGCUUCCUCCGUCCUCGUCCUCGUCUUCGUCGUCGACGACGACGACGACGACGUCGGUGCAGCGCAGUCCGACGAGGAGGCGUAAUCCGCCAAAGUCGCCGAAACAGGGUCAGAGCCCAGAUCAGCGUGGCACGGGCAAAGCGGCCGGGGCCGGGUCAAAGGAUAUCCGAGCCUUUUUCGCACCCAAGUCGUAA